AUGUCGUCCCAGAGCAAGCCUACUGAAGAACCAAAGAAAACUGCAAAACGUGACGCCUUGUGUGCAAUUGAGCACGAAAUACAGCUGAUCUGGGAGCAACACAAACCUUUUGAAGUAGACGCCCCAACAACCGCAGAGGUUCCUAACGAUAAUGAUAUUCAUACACUUUAUCCAAAGUUCAUGGGAACUUUUCCAUAUCCUUAUAUGAACGGGAGACUGCAUCUCGGCCAUUUCUUCACAAUAACAAAGGUUGAAUUUGCCGCAGGAUAUGAAAGGAUGAGAGGGAAGAAAGCUUUAUUUCCUUUGGGAUUUCAUUGCACGGGCAUGCCGAUCAAGGCAUGUGCAGACAAAUUAUCCCGAGAACUCGAUCAAUUCGGACCCAAUUUCCAAUUACCAAAGCCGAAAAAGGACGAUCUUGACGAAGUAAUGAAGGAUCUCACUCUGACCGACGCGAACAAGUCUAGUAAUUCAAAAGAUUCUACAAAGACACCGCAGAAGAAAAGCAAGGUAGCUGCAAAAUCAACCGGAGAAAAAUAUCAAUUCCAGAUAAUGCAGAGUUCUGGUGUCCCCAUCAACGAAAUUGCCAAGUUUGCUGACGCUGAUUACUGGUUGACGUAUUUCCCUCCUUUGGCCAUUAAAGAUUGCAAGGCUAUCGGAGCUAAGAUCGAUUGGCGCAGAUCGUUUAUAACAACGGAUGUAAACCCUUAUUACGAUUCUUUCGUUCGUUGGCAAAUGAGAAAAUUAAAGGCCCUCAAUAAAAUAAAGUUUGGCGAGAGAUAUACUAUUUAUUCUCCAUUGGACGGUCAACCAUGUAUGGAUCAUGACAGACAAAGUGGAGAAGGAGUAGGCCCACAGGAAUACACAGGAAUCAAACUGAGAGUGUUAGAGUGGAGUGAGAAGGCAAAGGCAGCUUUAGAAGGCGUAGGGGCUCUUGAAGGGAAAAACGUGUUUCUAGUUGCUGCUACUUUAAGACCUGAAACUAUGUAUGGACAAACUAAUUGCUACGUUGGGACAGAAGUUAAAUAUGGUCUUUUCCAGAUCAAUGAAUCCGAUGUGUUCGUAUGUACAUAUCGCGCCGCACGUAAUAUGGCCUUUCAGGGUUUAUCUAUGGAACAUGGCGUGGUCUCACAGUUAUUUGAAAUCAAAGGAUCUCCUCUAAUUGGCACCAAAGUCAAAGCGCCUCUUAGCAAAUACAAAUUUGUAUACGUCUUGCCGAUGGAGAACGUACUUCCAACCAAGGGCACGGGAGUAGUCACAUCUGUCCCAUCAGACUCACCAGAUGAUUACAUAACGCUUCAAGAUUUGAUAAAGAAACCGUCCUAUUAUAAUAUUGAUCCAUCUUGGGUUUCGGGAUACGAACCCGUCCCUAUUAUAGAUACACCAACGUUCGGAGACUUGGCUGCUCCAACUGUUUGUAAACUAAAGAAGAUUAACUCACAGAAGGAUCGUGUACAAUUGGCAGAAGCAAAAGAAAUGGUAUAUAAAGAAGGGUUUUAUAGUGGUCUCAUGAAAGUGGGCGAUUUCAAAGGCAAAUCAGUACAAGAAGCGAAGCCAUUGAUCAAAGAUCUAAUGAUCUCGACCAACGAAGCGUUUGUCUAUGAUGAACCAGAGAACCUUGUAAUGUCAAGAUCUGGAGACGAAUGCGUUGUGGCCUUGUGUGAUCAAUGGUAUUUGGAUUACGGUGAAGAAAAUUGGCGGCAACAAACGGAAAAUUGUCUUUCUAGACUGAAUACUUUCGGCAAUGAAACACGACAUCAAUUCGAAAGGACCCUGGACUGGCUGAACCAGUGGGCUUGUGCUCGGUCCUAUGGUCUUGGAACUAGAUUGCCAUGGGAUGAGCAAUACCUCGUCGAAAGUCUAUCAGAUUCUACAAUUUACAUGGCCUACUAUACCGUGGCUCAUUUAUUGCAUGGUGGUACUCUUGACGGUUCAAAACCGGGAACUCUUGGAAUCAAAGCAGAAGAAAUGAUUGAUCAAGUCUGGGAUUAUAUUUUCUGUGAUGGACCCGAACCAUUAGACUCGUCCGUUCCAAUAGAAAAGCUCCAAACAAUGAGACGCGAAUUUAAAUAUUUCUAUCCACUGGACCUGCGUGUUUCCGGGAAAGAUCUUAUUCCUAACCAUUUGACCUUCUUCUUGUACAACCACGUUGCAUUGUUCCCCCAAAAUCUAUGGCCACGUGGUGUAAGGGCAAACGGUCAUCUGCAGCUAAAUCGAGAAAAGAUGAGUAAGAGCACCGGAAAUUUUAUGACGGGCGCUGAUGCAGUCCACAAGUUUGGGGCUGACGCGACACGAGUUGCUCUUGCGGAUGCUGGUGAUGCAAUAGAAGAUGCUAACUUUGAAGAGUCUACAGCCAACGCGGCCAUUCUGCGACUUUUUACCUUGAAAGAGUGGUGUGAGGAACAAAUCAGAAACAAAGACUCUCUUCGUACGGGUUCUACUAGUAGUUUCAAUGAUCGCGUCUUUGAGAACGAAAUCAACCAUUUGAUUGAACUGACAAAUAACGCUUAUAAUGACGCAAUGUAUCGAGAAGCGCUUAAACAUGGUUUCUACGAACUUCAAUCAACACGUGACUGGUAUCGAGAGGCUACAGUUCAAGAGGGGAUGCAUCGAGAUUUGAUUCUGCGGUGGAUAGAGGUACAGGCUCUUCUUUUGGCGCCAAUAGCGCCUCAUUGGUGCGAAUAUGUUUGGCAAAAACUGCUAGGAAAGCCUGACUUAAUAGUGGAUGCCAGUUUUCCAACACCGUUUACACCUAUCGAUGAAGCAUUAUUGGUAGCCAUAGAAUAUAUUCGCAAGAUGGUGAAAUCUAUACGAGAUGUAGAAAUAAGUUCACAGAAGAAGAAGCAGAAAGGAAAACAAGGAAUAGCAAACUUUGACCCGACAAAACCCAAAGCUCUCAAACUAUUUGUCGCAACGAGAUUCCCGGCAUGGCAAGAUAUAGCUGUUGAGGCUGUCAAAGCUCAUUAUAACGAGUCUGCGAAAACAUUUGAUGAUGUUUCCAUACGGGUCGCUUUGACGGAAAAGGGAAUUCUAAAGAACAAGAAAACGAUGCCAUUUGUACAAGAUUUUAAGAAGCGAGUCGAGAAAUUUGGUCCAAUAGUGUUUAAUCGUACUUUACUGUUCAAUGAACAAGAAACCCUCGUUAAUGCACGUGAAUUUUUCAAGCGUGCGUUGGGUUAUGAAAGAAUUGAUAUUCUAAACGCAGAUGACGUAGAGAACGAUGAAGAAAGACGGGCUGUAGAAGCUGCUGUCCCGGGAGAACCGGGCGUGUUGUUCUGGAAUAUUUAG